UUCAUUAACAUUCAUUGCAGAAGCUUUUAUCAAGAACAUUUAAUGAUUUUUGCAAAUUGUUCUUCUAACAGGAAGUUAAAUAAUUAAAAUAUACUAAAAUAUGGUGGAUUUAGAUAAUGUGGAAACAACAACAAAACCAGCGUCUCCCGUCGUAGCAGAAAAUACCAUUAUAGCUUCGUCUGAGAAAAAAUUAUGCCGUCUUUGUUUAUUGGAUGAGGAUACGGCAGAUAAGGUUUUCGAUAUAUUCCAAGAAGUGCAAACAGAUGAAAUGGGACAAAAAAUUAAGACAUUGGAGGAAAUUUUAUACGAGCUAUUUCAAAUAAAGUAUGACCGCUCCUGCACCAGUCUGCCACAUGUCGUUUGUCAACGUUGCUGGGAUAUGGUGCAAGCCUUCAAUAGUUUUCGUCAAAUUGUCAUACAAAGCGAAGAAUUGCUGCAGAAACGCUUGGAAUUGAUGCAGUCGAAUGCAUUCCUAAAAGACCUUGAAGAUAAGCGUCCAGGUUUGAAUGGCAAUCCGGGAGUUUUUGUACCCGAUGAUGAUUGUGAGAUACAAGAAGUAAAUCCCCAUGAAGAAUUUGAAUCUUCAGAAGAUGAUUUUUCCAUGGAAUCCGAUUCUGAACCAGAGGAUAAUAAACUGCAGCAGCCAAAAGACAAGGAACCAAAUCAAGUGGCUAAGUUGCCACCAGCAACAACAACAACUAACAAAACUUCCACUCCAAUACAACACAAAACACCAGUGGCGAAUGAAGUGACACAAACUAAAGAACUAAACUCAGUUCUUAGCGAGCACAAGGGCUUGGAGUUUACCAUCAAGAAUACCUAUUUGUGUCAGUACUGUGAUAUGGCUUUUACCACUCACCCCGAAUGUUUGGAUCAUGAAAAAACACACGACAAUAAAAUGCCAUUUUCUUGUGCCUAUUGCAGCAAACGCUACUCGAAUCGUCAGGCCAUGAUUGGUCACAUACGAGAAAUGCACGAUGAGAAACCCUAUGUGUGUGCUCUGUGUCGCAAAGCAUUCUGCCGCAGAUCCGAUUUGAAGAAACACACCAUUGUACACACUGGGGUCAGGCCAUUCGCUUGUCCUUUGUGUAGCAAAAGUUUUUCGCGUAACACAAAUCUCUACAAACACAUGCGUAUCCAUAGCAGCAAUAAGCCGUAUGUAUGUCAACAGUGUCCACGUUCCUUUAAUACCGGCACUGAGUUGUUGAAACAUGCUCGCACUCACUCGGAGGUAAAGCCCUUCAAAUGUUCCAAAUGUCCCAUGGCAUAUACCCGCAAGGAUAAAUUGCAGCUACAUGAGCAGACGCAUUUACGAAAAGAAGCCGAAUUAUUGCAAAAUCAGGCAAGAAUGGGUGCAAUUCCGGGCUUUCAGGCUUCUUUGCCAAACGAAGAUAAUUUUGAUAAUAUGGCAGUACCUUUAAAUCCCUAUAUAAGCCAGGAAUUGAAUCAAUUGAAGUCGAUGGAUGAACAGCAACGUUUAUUGUUUCCCAAUGUUCAUUUCUCUCAAAUGCCCACGUUUCCUCAAUUACCAGCACCGCCAGUACCACCAACACCAGCGGUUGUGGCACCCAAACCUCCUCCACCCACCAAAUCGUCUCAUGGCCGCACUCAUAAUUGUGAUAUAUGUGGCAAAUCCUUUACCCGUGAAAGAGAUCUUCAUCGCCAUCAGGCCUUACAUUUGGACACUCUCUUCACCUGUAAGCAAUGUGGCAUGGGCUUUAGUAGACGUGAAAAAUUGGCUCGACACGAAUUGGAGCAUGCCCCCCAACAUCCUUGUGAAAUAUGUCGCAUAACCUUUCACAAAAAAGAUGAAUUGGAGAGACACUUGAAAAUGCAUGAGCUGCAACAGAAUGCAGCCUUAUCCACGCAACAGGCCAUUCUAAAUGCGGCUGGGGUUAUACACCCACCCGUUAUGGAUCUAUCAGCAUCACAAAUGCAUCAUGUGGCCCAACAGGCAGCAGCUGUAAUGUCGACUGCUCCCACAUUGCCUCCAGUAACAUUACCGCCUCCUCAGCGUCCCUCGGCUUCGGAUAUGUCAUUCUAUAGCCAAAUGGUGCCGACCAUGAAUUUGGGAUUCUAUAGUGAAACACGUCCCGAGGAUCGAAAUGGCAUUUAAUUUAGAAAAAGUUCCAAAAAAUGGGACAUUUUAUAUUAGUAUCACAAUUUUCUUCUAAUUUUUUUGUGGUUCUUAUGUUUACGUAUUAACUUUUUAUAUACUAUGAUGAUAACUGGGACCCUAUAAUAAAUUAUAGCAGAAUUGCUAUAAUUUCUGGAUAGCAAUCUGCUAUCGCCGAUAGCAGAAGCAGAAGGUUUACAAUUUAUAUUGGCAAAUCUCUUCCAAUCUUGCUCUGUUAGAAAUAAUUUUAAAUAAAAAUUAAAAAAAUUGAAUUAAAGUUUG